GAAAUACAUCAUACGUUCUCAUGUCACAUGUGAUAGUCCGCCUAGACGCAGAGUAUAUAAGGAGGUCGGGUCGCCGCAAGUGCUCCUCACAGUUUUACGACCCAACUCUCUUACGAACACCACAACCGCUCUACCACUUAACCACCUAUCUUUAUUCAUAAUGUCCGGCAACACUGGUGAGCCCAACAAGACCACUGGUCAAUUCCACUCCGUUAAGGGCAACGUCGUCGAAACCGUUGGCAACUUGACCGGCGCCACCUCGUGGCAACAAUCCGGCCAGCAGGAGCAUGCUGCUGGCGAGGCGGAAUACAACGCUGCCAAGGCCAAGGGCUACGCCGAGGGCGCCAUUGACCGCGUCACCGGCAAGAAGGACGCCGUCGUCGGCGCCGUCACUGGCGACAAGCAGCAGCAGGCAGAGGGCAAUAUCCGCCACGACAAGGGACAAGCCCAGCAGGACGUCAACCGCAACCUCUAGAUUGCUGAUAUCUGUAUUUAUACCGAGAGGACCUGAAUAUUGUACGGAUAGAAUGUAAUCGGAUUUGACAGCGCAUUGUAUACCAUCUUGCGUGAUAUGCCAGGAAUUUAAUUCUCAGUGCUACAGUUAAACGUCUGUACGAAGUUCCACAGGCAAGUAAUGCCGUCCAUUCGCCCAGUAUGUAUGAUGUGCCUGUAUCGAAAACACACUGCGUAGCAAAACACGUCUCUCCUUGAUCUCUGCA